GGAGCUUUAAUUUCGUCAUAUAUUGUACAUCAUUUACGUACUUGACUGACCUGCUCCGGCAUCUGCUGGCGCUUCUUGUAACGAUUCACGGUCGAUGAUAUACGAGUUCUCCCAGCUGUGUCUGGGAGCGACAUGCUCCAUGCGGAUGUUCCGUGAAGGCGGUGUGCUCUAGACAGCUUUAAUUCAAACAAAGUGUUGGGAACAGCUUUAAUUAAACAGCUGCGGGGCAUUUCUCCGCUUACACGUCCACUAUGUCGUUAUUGUUUUUCUAAAUAUGAUCAAAUACUUCGGAAACAGUACACCCGAACAGUACACCUCGUUCUGCUGUCUACGUUGAGCUCUGCGGUAUAAGGACACAGGUGUGUGGCACCUGCGCGGCCCUUUCCAGGUGUGUUGGGCUCCAGGGGCCUUUUAAAGCAAGACCUUUCCAGCAUGGCGGGUAGAUGCACACUGCUGAGGACACGCCAUGCACUCAGAUGUCUGCGCCUAGUAACGCGUGUCAGGACAGCGCUGCAGGGAACAGCACACACUGCUCCACAGCUGGGUGUUCCAUCUUUGUCCCAGUCCUGUCGGUUCUCCACUACCCGCACGCCAGUCCCCGCAGGUCCCAGCAGGUUGUCCACACGAAGUCACACCUGUGGAGAAUUAUGUUCCAGGCACAUCGGAGAGGAGGUUACGUUAUGCGGCUGGGUGCAGUACUUGAGACAGGAUCUGUUUGUGAUUCUGAGAGACUUCAGUGGAUUGGUACAAGUUCUUGUCCCACAUGAUGAGUCCAAGCAUGAACUGAGGAACACAUUCUGUGGCCUGUCGGUGGAAUCGGUCCUCAUGGUCAAGGGAAGAGUCAAGCGUCGUCCAGAGGGCCAGGAGAACAAGAACAUGCCUACAGGAGAAAUAGAAGUGUGUGCUGAGAGCGUGGAGGUGCUGAACACCUGCCGGACUCUGCCGUUUGAAAUCAAAGACUUUGUCAAGAAGUCUGAAGCUAUGCGGAUGCAGUACAGGUACCUGGACCUUCGCUCGCCACAGAUGCAGGCCAACCUACGCCUGCGCUCGCGCCUUGUGAUGAAGAUGAGGGAGUACCUCUGCUAUCAGCAUGGAUUUGUGGAUGUGGAGACCCCCACCCUGUUUAAACGAACUCCUGGGGGGGCCAGAGAAUUCUUGGUGCCAAGCAGAGAAGCCGGGAAGUUUUACUGUUUGCCGCAGAGCCCACAGCAGUUCAAACAGCUCCUGAUGGUGGCCGGUCUGGAUCGAUACUUUCAGUUGGCCCGCUGCUACAGAGAUGAAGGCUCCAAGCCUGACCGGCAGCCUGAGUUCACACAGGUGGACAUCGAGAUGUCGUUCGUGGAGCAGGGUGGGAUCCGAGCUCUGGUCGAGGGCUUGCUGCAGUACUCCUGGCCCGAAGAGAAGGGAUUCGUCACUACUCCCUUCCCGUGCGUGACGUACGAGCAGGCCAUGCAGGACUACGGUGUGGACAAACCUGACACCAGGUUUGGAAUGAAGCUCACAGAUGUCACGGAGAUAUUCCAGGACACGCGGAUUGGCUGGAUGAGGGACGCCGUCACCCAAUCACACGGCUGUGUCCAGGCCAUCCGUGUUCCGGAAGGAUCUAAACAUUUGAAGGGCAAAGACAUGGAGUCACUGAAAAACACGGCCCAGACUCAGUUUACCCAGGAGGUGGACACCAUGGUAGUCAGGGAGGAUGGUUCGCUCAAGUCUCCUCUCGGUCGCCUGCUGGCGCCCACGACCCGCCACCAGCUGCUGCGUGUGACCCGUGCCAACGCUGGCGAUCUGCUCCUCCUCACCGCUGGAGCGCGCGAGCGGGUGCGCCCCCUGCUGGGGAAACUGAGACUGCAGUGUGCCGAGCUGCUGGAGGGUCACGGCGUGCGCGUGCGCGAUCCUGCCGUCUUCCACUUCCUCUGGGUGGUGGACUUCCCCCUGUUUUUGCCCAAAGAGGAUGCCCCGGGGCAGCUGGAAUCUGCCCACCACCCCUUCACCGCCCCGGUCCCCCAGGACGUCCCGCUGCUGUACUCAGAGCCCCACAAGGUGCGCGGGCAACACUACGACCUGGUUCUGAACGGCUGCGAGGUGGGCGGAGGGUCCAUCCGCAUACACAACUCCGCCCAGCAGCGCUACAUCCUGCAGAACGUCCUCAAAGAGGACGUAGUUCUCCUCACACAUCUGCUGGAGGCUCUGGAGUGUGGAGCCCCUCCGCAUGGGGGCAUCGCGUUAGGCCUGGACCGCCUGGUCUCCAUUAUCGUGGGUUCUCCCAGCAUCAGAGAUGUCAUCGCCUUCCCCAAGUCCUUCCGAGGUCAUGACCUCAUGAGCAACGCCCCCGAUUUCGUGGUGGAGGAGGAGCUGAAGCCGUAUUGCAUCUCAGUGGUUUGGCCCAGCGUUGAGGGCGCUGACAGAAGCCCUGCUCCGCCUCCUGAAGACUAAGGGAGCUAAGAGACUGUGGCAGGGUGGGUGUGGUCUCUGUCCCCUCCCCCUGAUCACUGGAAACAGCUUCUGAGCAGACCUGUGUCAUCCUCCUUGCUGUUCAGAACAUUAAAGUCUGUCCGUUCAAA